AUGAAGAAGCCUCUCUGCUGUAUGCUGUUUUUGAUUUCUUCUUGGGGUUUCAUCUUCUCCGCUGCUGUCAAGACAGUGCAGAUGCAAACAACAGCUGCAGCAAACAACAGCGGCGCCUGCUUGAGGGGCCUCCCUUCUCUAUACUCGCAGCGUUGGGGGUUUAAGACGGGGUUAUGUCCAUUUAAUACACCAGGUUGCUGCUUUGUGCUGCAGCAACAAUGCCAGAAAAGGAAGCAGGCAAGACGCAUGCAGCGCGCCGCUGCAGCACCUGCAGCAGCUGCAGCAGCUUUUGCUGCUGAUCGCAUGCAUCGCUAUCUCUCAACUGCCGCUCUUCGGGUAAGAGAAAAUAAUUCAAGAGCCGCGAGUGCAUUUCUGGCUCCUAAUAGGUCCCUUCAGCAGAACUAUGUGCAGCAGCAGCAGCAGCAGCAGCAGCGGCAUCAGAAGCAGCAGCUGCAGCAGCAGCAACCGCGUGGUUUUCAGGCCCAGCCAGAUGCAGGCGACAGCAGCUGCAGCACAAGGAGCAGCGUCAGCAGCACCAUAACCGCAUGCAACAACAACAGCAGCAGCAGCAGCAACAACAACAACAUCCAGUGCAGCAGCAACUUCCGCCUAGACUUUAUGAAUGAACACCAAUUUGGGGUGUACAUACACCUGCCCUUUUGCCUGCGUCGCUGUCAUUUUUGCGCGUUUCCAAUUGUGCUGCUACCUAACAGCAGCAAAGCAGCAGCAGCAGCAGCAGCAGAAGCAUAUCUUCCGCUGCUGCAGCAGGAGAUGACGACGGUGUUCGAAGCGUUCUUGAAGCCGCACAGACAACGUGUGCAGCAGCUGCAGCAGCUGCUGCAGCAACAGCACGGCGAGCCGCAGCAGCAGCAGCAGCAGGAAUCUGUGCUUCUAGAAGAUAUUCAGGAGGCAAUGAUGGUAGCCUUGUCUCCACCAUCAGCUGUGAACAGAUCAAGCAGCAGAUAUGCUGUUGCUCCAACAGCUGCAGCAGCUGCGCCUGCUGCAGCAGCUGCAGCAGCACGAGGCAAGCGGCUGCUGCGCUCUGUUUAUUUCGGUGGGGGGACUCCUUCCUUAAUGCCACCGAAGAUGCUGCAGCAGUUGCUGCAGCAAAUUGAGACCUUCGAGGCCGAUCUGCAGCAGCUGCUGCUGCAGCAGCAGCAGCUGCGUGACGCACUGCAGCAACGCCCUCUGAAACGAAAGGAAGGCACGCCUUUGUGGGAGCGGCAGCAGCAGCAGCACCAGCACCAGCAGCAACAGCAGCAACAGCAGCAACAGCAACAGCAACAUCAGCAUCAGCAGCAGCAGAAAGAACAGCCUGAGGUGUCAAUAGAGAUAUACCCAGGUACGCUGGAUGAAGAGCGGCUGCAGGCCUACUUAUCUUUGGGGGUUAAUCGCUUCUCUUUGGGUGUCCAGACACUGCACGAGCCAACACUUAAAGUCCUAGGCAGGUAUCCGGCAAACAUGAUGAGCAGCAGCAGCAGCAGCAGCAGCAACAACAGCAGCAGCAGCAGCAACAGCAGCAGCAACAGCAGCAACAGCAGCAGCAGCAGCACCAACAGCAGCAGCAGCAGAAGCAGGGCGCCUAGCCACAGUCGGGACAGUCUGCAUGCGCUGCGUUUGCUGCGAGAAAAUAAUUUGCUGCACCAGACCUCCGUCGAUUUAAUUUUCAGUGUACAGACACCUCAGCAGCUGCUGCGCGACUUGCGGCUGCUGGCACGGCUUCGUGUUGCGCAUAUAUCUUUAUACGAACUCCAGCUCGAUGAAGGCUCGAGAUUUUACCGAAGGCCUCCAAAGGGGCUGCCUGAUGCAGACACCUCAGCUGCUGCUCUCCGUGCUGCCUCUAGGUUAGCCGCUGCAGCAUUUGCUGCAACAUCUGCUGCAGCACCUGCUGCAGCGAAUUGUGCAAUAGAUUCCGCAGCAGAUACUGCAGCAGAUGCCGCAGCGAGUGGUGCAGCAUCUGCUGCAGCAGCAAAUUUGGGGUGUAUGCAGAGACAGAGCCGACCAGGCACCGCUGCAGGAGCAGCAGGAGCGCUCCAGCAAUACCAGCAGCAGCAGCAACAACGGCAGCAGCAGCAGCAGCAACAACAACGGCAGCAGCAACAGCAACAGCAGCAACAGCAGCGACAACAGCAGCAGCAGCAACAACAACGAAAACAGCACCAGCAGCAGCAGCAACAGCAACGAGAACGGCACCAGCAGCAACAGCAGCAACAGCAGCAGCAACAGCAGCAACAGCAGCAGCAGCAGCAGGUGUAUACAUUCGCAGAUGUACUGGAGCUGCGGGACUGUGUUUGGCUUUGGGCUGGGCGCUUCAUCUUUUCUCAGAGGCCAAAGACAAACAAAUCCACCGAAGUAAGCGCAGACGGAUGCAGCUUUAACUUUUCUUCUUAUAAGUCGUUCCUUCGAGAAGAAGACGCUCAAACAAAAAUUUUAUCUGCAAAGACACAGACACUGCAGCCCAUAAUUAAAAACUUCACAAGGUGGGCGUACACCCGAAUACAAGAGAUGCUGAUGCUCGGCCUACGCACUUCCGAUGGUGUUGAUUUGCUGCAUCUCUUUGCCCUUUCAAAAGCAGCAGCAGCAGCAGCUGCUGCUGCUGCUGCUGCUGCUUCUGCAGAACCAGCUGCACGAGCCGAUGCAGCAGAUAAUGCUCUGCAGCUCCUGCUGCAGCCAGCAGCAACGAUGGAAGAAGUGCUGCGCUGCAGCGCGGCAUUUGCAAACCGCUGGGCAGCAGAACAUUCAGCAGCAGCAGCAGCAGCAGCAGCAGAAUCCCCAGCAGCACAAACAACGACAUCUAUCAGAGACGGAGACGCAGUGUUGCUGCUGCUGCAGCAAGUGCUUCCUUCGGUGUUGUGGGGUGCAACAGAAUAUCUGCGUAACCCUGAAGUAGCAGCAAUUCGGCUGUACGUACACCCGAGUAAUUCAGUCUUUGCCCAAAGCCUCAGCAGCGCAUCUCCCUAUGUUUUUGAUCGAAGUUCUGGGGCUGCAUGCAGUUUGCUAUCAGCAGAUGCAGAGAGAGAAGAGAUCUGCAAGCUGCUUAAAACUGAAGUAGAGGGAGAAGGGAGGCUGCUGAGGGUUUCAGAGAGAGACACAGCAGCAGCAGUAACAGCAAAAGCAAUGCGGCUUCUUCAUGCGCUGGACGUACACCGCAGCGGCUCCAGCAGCAGCAGCAGCAACAGCAACAGCAGCAGCAGCAGCAACGUCAGCUGCCGUUUGCUGCUGAAGGCCCCUGAUGGUUUGCUGCUGAGUGAUGCAGUUGUUAGAGAUAUAUUUACACACCUUGACUUUGUCUGCAAACCGAUAGAGACCCUGCUGCAGGAAGAAGAGGAGUAA